GAAAAAAAAUUAAAAUAUUUAAAUACAAAGCUUGCAGUUAUUGGAGGCUUUGGGGGUUGGUUGGGUAGAAUGUGAGAUUUUUCCUAUUUUACAUAGACGGAUGCAAAUACUCUAAUACAUCAUAACUUAUACUGCGCCCUAUUAUUUUCUGAAUAAAUAUUAAUGCACAUAAGUUGUUGCACACAACCGUAUACACACACAAUUUUAGCACUGAACAAUUUUAGUGCCAAAAUUGCAUGUGUGUGUACAAUUGUGUAUAACAGUUGGUGUUAAAUAAACAUUCUUCUUAUUUUUUUUGUUUUUUUACUUCCCAAAUCUCAUCUUGGUAUUCAGUGUUCACCCUCUGUAUUAGUAACGAUUACUGUAAUUGGGGAUUUGGGUUGUUGGUAAGCUUAACAUAUCAUGUAACAAUCUAGUAUUAUUUUAGUAGCAAACUGUUAUUGUUUGUUUCUAAACAUGAUAUGAUUAUGUGAGGAACUUUGAAAUCUAUGUCAUACCAAUUUCCUUAGCCUAACGGUGUAUCAAAGAGCUCCAUACAUUUACCUUCAACCUCAACAGACUUUAACUAAAUCCUAGCUUUGACAGCUUGAUCUGUUUUGUGAACGAGCUAGUAAAAACAACCUACCCUAAUGAUUUAGAACCACCACAAGUUAGCACACACAAACUGACCCAACCUUUUUUUUUUUUUUUUGCCUUGUUCAUAUAUAUAGAUAUAUUGCUCAUUCUUGCCACCACUCCAACAUUCAUCUCUUCAAAUUCCUGCAACCCAAUUACACAAACUCAGUGUUCUUUUUUCUACCUCCUUAAGCAAGUAUCCACUUUUUCUUAAUUCCAUUUACACAAUACAACCUUAAGCAUAUAAAAUGGGUGGUGGGGAAUGUUUCCAAUUUGUGGUACAUGUGGUAAAAGGCAAAUGGUUCACGGUUUUUGCCUCAUUGUUGAUCAUGGCUGGAGCUGGUGCAACAUACAUAUAUGGAAUCUACUCCAAACAGAUUCAGAAAACUCUUGGUUAUGAUGAAGAUGCAAUGAAUAAGAUAACCCUUUAUAGAGAUGUUGGUGCAAAUGUAGCCAUUUUCGCUGGCUUAAUAGCUGAGGUGGUACCAACAUGGGUUGUGACCCUCAUUGGUGCCGCCAUGAACUUUGGGGGUUACUUCAUGAUAUGGAGAGCUGUCACAGGCAAAAUUGCCAAACCAAAAGUUUGGCAUAUGUGCGCUUACAUUGCCAUUGGAACCAACUCUCAGAACUUUGCAAACACAGCAGCUCUUGUCACCUGUGUCAAGAAUUUCCCGGAGAGCCGUGGCGUUGUUUUGGGACUAAUGAAGGGUCUCGUUGGGCUUAGUGGAGCUAUCUUAACACAAAUUUUCCUUGGUAUGUAUGAAGAUGAUUUGAAUUCUCUCAUUCUUCUCAUUGGUUGGCUCCCAGCUGCGGUAUCAGUGGUGUUUGUGUUCACACUCCGGACAAUGAAGACUGAAAGACAACCUAAUGAGCUCAAAGUGUUCCUACUUUUCUUCUAUUCAACAAUUGUACUUGCAUUUUAUCUCAUGAUUAUGACAUUGCUUGAGAAAUACGUUACUAUGGGCAACGCAGUGCAUUCAAAAAGUGCAAUUGUGGUUACUGUCCUGCUCUUCCUCCCUCUCUAUAUUGUCUUUAAAGAAGAGAGAACCCUCUGGAAAAAUAAGAAAGAGCGUGAGAAUCCUUCUCCUGAAAUGACCGUCGAGAAAUCAGAAGAUUCAGAACCCAAGCAGCUAGCAGAGGAGCCGAAAGGGUCUUGUUUUGCAAACAUCUUCAAUAAACCAGAAAGAGGAGAAGAUCACGGAAUUUUGCAAGCAAUACUAAGUGUUGACAUGUUGUUUAUCUUUGUCAUUUCGUUGUGCGGAUAUGGGACAAGCUUAACAGCAAUUGACCAAUUUGGACGCAUUGGCAAAGCACAAGGAUAUAGUGAUAGACUCGUAGGCUCCAUUAUUACACUAGUAAGCAUAUGGAAUUACUAUGGAAGAGUCUACUCAGGCUUUGUCUCAGAACUAUUGCUUAUGAAAUAUAAGCUUCCACGUUCGACUAUGAUGACAGUAGUGCUUUUCAUAUCAGGCAUUGGAAUGCUCUUCGUGGCCUUCCCUGAAAUCCCAUUUGCAUUUUAUGUGGCAUCAGUGCUGAUUGGAUUUUCAUUUGGUGCACAAGUACCAUUAAACUUGGCAAUGAUUUCUGAGUUCUUCGGCCUUAAGUACUACUCUACACUGUUCAAUUGUGCCCAAUUGAUAAGUCCACUUGGGUCAUUUCUACUAAAUGCAAAGCUCACAAAAUCUCUCUACUUGAAAGAGGCUACGAAGGACCUCAUAGCUAAGGGUGUGGAUACAUCAUCUGUGAAGGACCCAACUUGCAUUGGACACCACUGUUUUAGGCUGUCUUUCUCGAUUUUGGCCAUGGUUGCAUUCUUUGGAGCUUUUGCAGCGCUUUUAUUGUCGAAGAGAACGAAAGAAUUUUACAAAGGUGACAUAUAUAGGAAGUAUAGAGUUAAAGAAGAUGAAGCAUAUAAGAGGUACAAAGGUGAAACAUAUACGAUGUUUAGAGAAGACUCUAAGGCCAACUAGACAGAGGUCAUUCAAUCCUCUCAAAAUGGACGGUAGUGAGACUCCAAAGGAUGGAUACACAACACUGAAAUGGUGGAAUGGAAAAAGAAGAAAUGGCAUUAUUAGAUUAGCAAAUUUGAAAUGAUCAAGAAGGGCUUCAGUUGUUUUUUUUUUUUUUUUUUUUAAUUAGAUACUGUACUGUACUUGUAUUUACCCUCUACUUAGUAUACUUGGUGGG